AGGCACAACAAUGUAAACACAUCGAUCGAAUAGAAUAAAAAUAUUAUAUUUCUACGUAUGUUAGGUUAAUGGCGUCAACGGCGUUAUAUUCUUGGAGAACGGCCAAUACUGACCAAGCUGUCGUGAACACUGGAGUUCUUCGGAACGAACAAAUCGAAAGUAAAAUACAAGCAAGAGAUACUGUCCUGGAAGUUGUAUCCCUCGCCACUGUUGCAGUACUCGCAUUCGCAGCGCUGUUGGUCUUGAGAUACCGAAGUCACGUGACUGCUAGGUGGUGGUGCAGAGCAAAUUACGAACAUUUUGAAGAAGAUCAGUCUUCCGUUGAACUUGACCUGAAAAAUAUGACUGGAAUCAGCGAAAAAAGUGUGACAACAUCGGUCGUGGUACCUGAGACACUGAUCACCGCACCACCUUCAAGCCCACGGAAGACAACGCCGAUUGCUAUAUCACCGGUGUUUACAAAAAAGGAUAAGAUAAUACCAUUUCAACUUCCACCCACCAUAGAAAGCUUUCAGGUCCAAUCCGAUAUUAUUAAUGGAUCUCCCAUCACCCGUUACCCUCGAUCGCCAACGCUGUCACGUGUCAGUUUCUACCAAUCGAAUGAUCGUUUAUCUGUUGACAGUUGGAGCCAGAAGCCAUCGCCAAAAGGCAGUCUAAGUUCUUCAAAUGGAGACUACCUUUCCAAUUCCCCGACCUGUGACGUACCCCGAUCUCCCAUCGAACAAUCCAAGAACAGCUUUUUAGGUCGGAUUCAACCCGAACUUUACAAAUACACCGAGAAUCAAGACAUCGACCUCCCGAUAAGCCGAUGCGGUCGAAUGUGGUUUUCCGUUGUUUAUGAUGCCGCUGUAGAAACGCUGACUGUGAAAGUCGUGAAGGUGAAACAACUACCUCUUCGACACCCAAGCAACAACCCACCUGACAGUUUUGUAAAGAUAUUUCUCCUACCAGAUGAACGAAUUUCGCAACAAACUAAAGUAAAACUUAGAAAUUGCAAUCCAACUUUCAACGAGACAUUUAUUUUCCAGGUGUCCGAGGAAGAAUUGCAAAAACGAAGUUUACGGAUGUCGGUUUACGAUGUCGACAAAAAGAGAUCGACUCGCCACUUACUCGGCCACGCUCUGGUUGGCUUAAACGACGUUGAUCCAAUAAAGGUUAAUGAAAUUCUUUGGAGAGACCUGGACGAUAUCGCCCAUCCUGGCGACUCUGGCACCUCGCUCGGAGAGUUGAAAAUCUUAUUGACUUAUCUGCCGAGAAUGAAUCGCCUCAACGUCGUCGUGCAAGAAGCUAGAAAUCUUAGAAAAAUGGAUCUCGACGCCACAGGUAUCUACGUUAAAGUUUCUCUGACACAGGGACACAAUGUAAUCAAGUCCAAACGCACGUCAACUCAAGACGGUGCAGCAGAUCCACAGUACAACGAAUCGUUCUCGUUCAAAGUCACUUCCAAAGACAUGGAGCAGACAUGCUUGCUCUUGAACGUCAUCACUACCGGUGGUCGCGGUACACUGCAUAAGAUGACGUCGACUUUAAAAAACACAGUCACGCGGGGACGCUACGGAGCAGAGCUGAAAUAUGGCCGAGUUUCAGUUGGUUCCUUCAUGUACUGUCGUGGCGAACAACUUCUUCACUGGCAAGAAAUGAUGGCACAACCUAGUAAAUCUAUCGCUAGGUGGCAUACACUGUCCGAGGUUGUGACCAACCAGUAACCGAUGAGCAUAAUCAAUGAUGACGUCAUUGUUGUUGAAAGUUCAUCGAGCCUGCCUGUGACCAUUAUACUUAGUUUUUGCCAGUUCGAUAUCGAAUGUGCAAUGAUUUUUUAGCUCAAUUUCCUUUAGUCAACUUCAAACCAUUUUUCUACUGUAUUUUGUACACGCUUUGUGACUGAAAUAAAAAAGUGCGUUUUGA